GCAGCUCCUACCCUCUCUCAUGGCAGACGAAACGUCUCCUCUACUCGCUGAAAACGAGUCCCCGCAGAAUAAUGGUUCAAUACACGCGCCUUCAGAUGACAAUAACAAUAAUGGCUCGGAAGUUGAAGCAGGAGAGACAGGGAAACAAACCAUAAAUCCGUUAUGGGUCGUCGCGCCAAUGAGCAUUGGAAUCUUUCUAUCCGCCAUGGAUCAAACCAUCAUCGUUGCUUGUGGGUCCACUCAGUGGCCGUCGAAAUCCACAAAAAAGCCUGAAGUCGUUUUGCAGCCUACGCCGCUAUUGGAAAUGAACUGAAGCAACUCCAAAAAACAAGUUGGAUAGCGGCUAGUUAUAUGUUGACUGUCACCGCUUUUCAACCUCUGUACGGAAAACUAAGCGACAUAUUUGGAAGAAAAACAUGUUUGCUAUUCGCAUAUUGUGUCUUUGGAAUCGGAUCUCUUUUAUGUGGUCUAUCACAAACUAUGGAUCAACUCAUAUUAUCUCGAGCGCUUGCUGGUAUUGGAGGGGGUGGUCUGCCUCCCAUCACAACCAUAAUCUUGUCCGAUGUCGUUACUCUUCGGUCGAGAGGAACCUGGCAAGGCGUUUUGAAUAUCAUCUUCUCCGUGGGCUCGAUGAUCGGUGCGCCCUUGGGAGGGUAUUUAGCAGAUACAAUCGGUUGGAGAUGGGCAUUCAUCAUGCAGUUCCCAUCUAUCAUCCUAGCCUUCAUCGCUGCCCUUCUCGCCCUCCACCUACCCCCACAUCCGACGUCAGAUUUAAAAUCCAAACUCAAACGAAUAGAUUUCGGAGGCGCUCUCUCCCUCAUCGUCUUCAUCGUCUUUUUCCUCUACGGUCUCGAACGUGGUGGGAAUAUAGGAUGGAAUGACCGUUAUACGCUCGGAGCUUUAGCUGCUUCUGGGGUAUCGUUCCUAGGGUUCGGGAUUAUUGAAAUGUCAUUAGCCAGAGAACCCUUCGCGCCAAAGAGGAUAAUCUUCAACCGAAGUUUAAUCGCCAGCUACCUCGCCAACUUCUUCGGUAUUGCGAGUCAGAUUGGCCUCAUCUUCCAAAUCUCGUUGUACGUUCAAGCGGUAUUCGAGUUUUCUGCCGCAGGUGCUGGGUCUGUGCUCUUACCUGGGAUCUUGGGAGGCGUUUCGGGGAGUGUGAUUGGGGGUUUGGUGAUUCAGAGUACGGGGAGGUAUUGGUUAGUGACUGUUGUGGCGUAUGGAUUGCAGGUUUUGGGUACUUGUGUGGUUACGUUGGGAUCUGGAGUUGUGGGUGCUUCCAUUAUUGGCAUUUGUGUUGGACUUGGGAUAGCUGGAUUUGGGAGUGGUGGAGGAACGACGACCAGUCUUGUUGCUUUGAUUUCAAACGCAGGAAAGGAAGAUCAAGCGAUAGCUACUGCAGUCUCCUAUCUCUUCCGGUCGUUGGGAUAUGUUGUCGGUCUGUCCGUCGGGAGCACCGUUCUUCAAGAUACACUCCGGAAGAUGCUCAGAAGAAGACUUGUAGGAGGUGACGUUGAUGUGGAUGAGGUUGUACGAAAAGUCCGCGAAUCUUUGGAAAACCUCGGGAAUUUAGAUUCAGAAAUGCGGGAGGUGGUGAAACGGUCGUAUGAAGAUGCAAUACAGAAUACGAUGUGGGUGUCUUUGGGACUUGCGGGGUGUGCGUUUUUGUGUUCGGUGUUUAUUAAGGAGAAGAGGUUGAAGUAGAUAUAGACGGUGGGGAGGGAAGGGAAAGGAAGAAGACCCGCAUCGGACCUGGGCUCCGAGGCGGCGUUAUACGCCGCGUUGGAGAAAAAAGGACUUGUACAAAAUCGGUUUCUUUGUAUGCAUAUGGCCUUCGGGGGUGAAAGUUGUAAGUACUGUAUGUACAUGUAUUGCGCCAACAUAGCUUUUUUACUAUCGGAGACCGCCCUCUCUCCCUUUGCUCCCUUACUACUUACC